AGAGGCGCGGGCGUCGCUCAGUCGAGACAAAGAUGGCGACGCCCAGUGAUCUGUCGUUAGCUGAGAUACGUAAAUAUUUACUCGAAAAUGGGGGUUCUGCUCGUAAUCGUGAUCUAGUUAAACACUUUAAGUAUUUUUUAACUGACCCUGAUACGCGAGUUGAAGCGAGAAACAAAUUUAAGGAGUACGUCAAUACUUUGGCGACGAUUAAAAAUGAGGAGGGAGAAAAGUACUUGGUACUGAAAAAAAAGUACAUACACGGUCUUGAGGAACUGGUACCUUCAUAUCCUUACGCGCCAACGAGCCCGUCUAUAGGAACUCCCGAUUUUCUAACCCCCACGUCGCCGCUGCGUGACCCUCCUCCCUACCGACCUCCUCCCCCGGCUCCCCUGAGCCCGUCAAGUUCCGAAAUCACUUCAUCCCCCGUGCAUUUGUCUCCCGACGAAUUUUACGUCAAGUCCCCGAGCCACUCAGCCGCGGGAAAUUUAAAUCUCGGAAGUAGUUUGAAUUUCAGCCCCUCAAAUUUGAACCUCGUCAGCAGUAACCCGAACUUUGCUUCCAACCCGAGUUUCGGAUCCACCAACAACCCAACCUUCGGUUCCCCAAACAAUUCCAAUUUCGAGGCCUCGAGUUACUCGAAUCAGGAUGAAAAUCCGCGGAACUCGCGGGUCGGUGAAGAUGUGCCGCCAGCGAUGACUUCACCUCCCGUGCCUCCGCGAAGAAAGAGUCAGGACAAGUUGAAGCUGGAGAAUAAAGAAAACAUAAAUGCUGACAAGGGGAAAAAUGGACAGGAAGCCAUCAAGGAAGAUGAGGGACCACCGGAAAGUCUCGGAACAUCUGAGUUACCAAGUGUCCGGGAACGAAUGCAGCGUUUCAAUCGCAUGGCCAGCGAAACUGAUCUCCACGGCCGUCCGAACGGGGCAGCAACUCCUGCUAAGAAACGCUCUGACAAGGGCGCUGAUGAAGACGACAGCGCUUCCGUCGCAUCUCAACAAUUGGAUGGAAAAGCACGCGAGUGGCUAGUCCGGGCAGCGCAGGGCGACUACCAAUCACUAGCAAAACUAGCAGCCGAGGAGCCGCGUCUCACCAGGCAGAAGGAUCCAUCCUCCGUGAGUAUAAGUCAAUUAUUCUUUAACAGAAACAUAUUUAUGUUUUGGGAUAAUUAUUUAUUGUGUUAUUUUUACGCUCAACCUGCCGCCAAAUUGCUGUCAACAUCUGCAGGGUGUAAGUAUUUAUUUAAAUUGCUCUCUUAUUAUUUCAUCUUUUUGGCGCCCAAUUUACCCCACAUGGAUUUUUUCCCAAUAACCGGUCAUAUUAAUCCGAAAUUAUUUAGAAAAUAAAGAAAAAUUAUCAUC